AUGUUUAGAGGAUUUUUAGGAUCAUUCCUAGAUAAUAUGAUGUCAUCGCACAGAUCAAAUAUUGAGUCACUCCUUGAUAAGGAGGAUACCACACUAGAGACUUUACUUUUAGAUAGCGAAGUCCUUACACAAUGCAAAUGGGGCAAUUAACGACUUGUUUCCUACUUUGAUCAUGAUAAGGUAGCAGAAAUGAUAGAUUUCAUAAUAAAAAUGCCGCCUGAGGGCUGCACUCAUGACAGAGGUCACAAACUGCCAUUUAUUGCAAGUGAAAUAUUCAAUUGCGAACUAAGCAAGUUAAACGACAUUUUCUUUACUGCAAGACCAGUCGAGACAGUUAGUUAAUCAAAGAAAUAGACUGAUAAGGGCAAUAUAUACGAUAGAGAUGAAGAGAAUGAAGAGAACGAGUCAGAAAAUUACAACUAAAAUAAUCAAUAGGAUGAUAAUGACGAAGAUAAUGCUCCUAACCAAGAUGAGGAUAAUGAAUUUGAUUCCUUAAUAUCAAAGGACGAAGAUAAUAAAGGCGAGGAAAGCUAGAAUGUAUUGAGAAAGAGUUUCGGAGAGACCAGAGGUUCUUCCGGAUUUGGGGUGCAAAAAUCAGAUAAAGCAAGAUCUAAUAGAUAUCAAGUCCAAGAAGAUGAUGAAGUUGAUUAGGAUGAGAUUGAACUCAGAUCUGAUGAAGUUCUUGAGGAAUAACAGACUUAAUUCCCUCAGACAUAUGAUACAGACCCAUAUUAAUAAACACAAGAUACAUUUGAAAAUUAAAAUGAAUCCCAGCCUGAGGAAAACAAAGUUGAAGUAAUCUAAGAAGAAUAAAAUCAAUAAAAUGAGGAAUAGUUAGUUGAAGUUAAGGUAGAUGAUAUCCAAUAUCAAACAAAUGAACAGAUCCCAGAUAAGAUCGAGUAAUUAAAUCAAUAAAUUGACAAAAUUGAAAAUUAAGAGGAGUUAAAGCAAGAAGAACAACAGACUGAAAUAGUUUAAGUUCAACAAGAUGAUGAGGUUUAGUAAGAAGAAGGCGGAGAAGAAAAUCUUGGGGCUUCUAUAACUGACCAAAUCCAAGAGAACUAUAUUGAGGCUAAAACCGAGGAAAAUGUAGAAGAAAAUUCUCAUUAAGAACUUCAACAUACUAUAGAUAUUGUUGAGAACCACAUUCAAAGUGAAGAAGUGGUCUCAGAGGAUGAGGAAACUUCACUUUCUACUGCUCCCACUAAAUAAGACAUUUAAUAGGCUCCACCAAAUGAGUUUGAAUUAUUUGAGAAAUUAUUGAGUUUUCUAGAUACUGAUGAACAACUUAACCCUGUUUUGGCUGGAUAUUUCUGCAAGCUUUUCCAAGUACUUGUAGGAAACAAGCCAAAAGACGUUUUUAACUACGUCUACACUCACCCUGAGGUGCUUUACAAUAUGGUUAAACAUAUCAAUUCAAAAUCAAUCAGUGAGGUCUUAAUAAGACUAUUGAAUGUCACUGAGAAUGUUCUCGAUGAUGCUUACUCUGGGUAAUUCGAUAAUAUUAGAUAAAGCUUUAUCUUUAAGGUCGUUGAGAAACUUCACCCUCAAUACGGCUAUGAAGAUCACUUAAAUGCUUAGUCUCUUUUGACUGAACUUGUUGAAUAUAAAGCUAUCUACUAAGAGUUGACCUCUUAAAGAUCCCUUGAAGUAUUCAGUGAGUGCUUAUCAAGUGAGAGUUCUUCUUCAAAAGCAAACACUUAUCUUGUACUCUAAGGUAUUUCCUAAAAAUAUAAAAGCAACGAAAAUUUUUCAAAGAGAAUUAACUUCUCCAAUUUCUAAGAUUGCGGAGAUGAUAUGGUCCUUGAGGAUGAUGAGGAUGUCUUGGUCUUUAAUGAUGAUAAGGAGAGUGUCUUUUUUGCUUUCAUUAAGAAAAUUAUCAAAGAAAACAUUUCAAAAGAGCUGUCAAUCCCUAGUGAAGCAGAUUAGGAGGACUUAUAUACAAGAAGUUAUGGUAUCUGUAAAGAGCCAUUUGGAAUUGUAAGAAUAAGAGCUGUAGAAUUUUUAAAUCAAAUCUAUCAAAUUUUCUUCAAGGAUAUUCAUGCUUCAUUCGCAGAUGCUGAUUUAUAUAACUCAUUGUUAUUCUUCUUUGACCAUUAUCCUUUCCACAAUGUCUUGCAUUAAAAGGUAACAGAGAUUUUCUCCCUUGCUCUUGAGAAAAACAAUGAAAGCGUAAUUAAUCACUUAUUGUACCAAACUAGUCUAGUAAAGAAAAUUCUUGAUACUUCAAGGGAAGGAGGUAUCCAUGUUUUCAUGGGUACUGGGUAAAGAGUUAAUCGUGGAUAUAUGGCAUUUAUGAGAAAGUUAGCCAACAAAAUUGAUGAGCUUUCGAAGAAAAAUGAGGAAGUCUAGAAUUUCCUUGAAUCAAUCCCAGAAUGGACUGAAUUCCAUUAAAAUAUCCUUACUGUAAUAAACCUAAUAGAAUCAAAGCCUCUAGCUUCAGAUCCAAGGAAAAAGUAAACUUCUUCUAGUGAUGACUAUUUUGAUAUUCUUUACAAAAUAAAAGAUGCUAGAUCUGGAUUCUAAAACAAGAGUAAGAAGUAGCAAGAGUAAAAUGAGAAGCCAGAGGAGGAAGAUGAAGAAGAGCCAGAUAUGAUUGAUGAUAAGGAUGAUGAUAAUGAAAAUAAAAAGAAAAGUGAGAAUGAAAAUGAAAAUGAAGGCAAGACCAAUAGCAACAGUGAUAAUAAUGCUUUUGAUCAGAAUAAAGACUUAUACUUCAAUAGUGAUCUGGCUAAGAAUAUCGGCAGAUAUGGAAGAAAUAACAGAAUCAAAAACCAAGAUUACUAACAGUUCUAAAAGGAAGAAGAUGAUGACGAUGAUGACGAUUUCCAAAGAUUAAUAUACAAGGACGAUGAUGAUGAUGAUCAAAAUGGAGAUAACAAGCAAGACAACGGAGAUCUUGCACAAUACUUCAGCAAUGGAGAUGAUCAAACACAAAAACCAUGGGAGCAUGAACAAGAGGAGGAUGAGGCAAGAUUUGAAGAAGAUGAGGAUAGAUCUGAAGAAGAAAACCCUCUUUCGAUGAACGAUCUGAUAUAAUAAAGCUCUCCAAAGUUUGAACACUCUUAAGCUUCAGAAGAAUUAAAAGAAUCUAAUGAAGAUUAGGAGCCUAAACAGAUGGAAGCACCACUCAAAAUAAUUGAGGUGGAAUUGCCUGAAUAAGAGAGGGAACCAUUAGAUGAAAACUUCUAGGCACAUUUAUAUUGGAAAGUAGAUAUAAUCCAAAAUGAAUCGAUUGACACUUUACUUCAAGAUUAUGAAUGA